AUAGAUAAUAACAUUGACCAUGACGACGCUAAAACGGCAUGAUUCAGUGAAACAUAAAAGCGAAUAGCUGAACAGAGACUAUCAUAACAUUAACAGUGAGUAGUGUAAAUGGUCAACGUGAAAAGAUAAACGUUGCGGAAAAAUUGUUUGUAAUGCUGAGGAUGGGUUUCGUAUUCGGCAGUCUAACCGUUGAUUUGUUAGCAGCGUUGCUAAUAAUAGCCACAAGUGUUUACUUUUAUGCUACGCUGCACACGUACGCCUACUGGAAAAAACGCGGUGUUAAGUUUAUCGAACCAACAUUUCUGUUCGGGAAUUUCGGACCGACAUUUCGGCAAAAAUUAAGUCUCGGAGAAGUGGUGCAGACAUUCUACAACUCCACAUCAGACGCAUUCAUCGGCAUUUUCGUUGCCUUUAAACCGACAUUGGUGGUACGCGAUCCGGAAUUGGCUCGAACCGUUUUGAUCAAAGACUUUCAACACUUCCAUGACCGCGGAAUCGUUAUCGACGAGGAGCGUGAUCCCCUGUCUGGCCAUCUGUUUUCAUUGGGUGGACAGAAAUGGGAUAAUCUACGAGCAAAACUUUCGCCAACCUUUACCUCUGGUAAGCUGAAGGCGAUGUUUCCAACGCUUGUGGCUUGUGGUGAUCCGUUAAAGAAAUUCAUGGAACAGGCGGCAAUUAAGGGGGAAACGAUUGAAGUCCGUGAAGUUUUGGCUCAAUACACCACGAAUGUAAUCGCCUCGGUGGCUUUCGGUAUCGAAAUUGAUUGUGUCGCAGACCCAGAUACAGAUUUCAGGAAAUAUGGAAGGAAGGUGUUCGAGCCAACCUUUAGGAAUGCAGUAGGCACCAUGAUUCAAAUACUAUUCCCCCAAAUCAUGUUCUUAAUUAAAAUGAAAUCGGUUGCGCAAGAGGUUGAAGAUUUCAUUAUAUCGAUGGUAAAAGGCACAUUGGACUACAGAGAAAAGAAUAAUGUUGUGCGGAAGGAUUUCUUCCAAUUGAUGAUCCAGCUACGAAACACUGGAUCGAUUCAAUUGGACGACCAGUGGGAAACGAAAAUCGUUAACGAUUCCCAAAAGAAACUGUCGAUCAACGAAAUGGCUGCUCAGGCGUUCGUGUUCUGGCUAGCUGGCUUCGAGACGUCGUCAACGACAAUGGGUUUCUGCUUAUAUGAACUGGCUAGAAAUCAAGACAUUCAGAAUCGUGUGCGCAAAGAAAUUGACGACGUACUCGCCGAACAUAAUGGCGAAGUAACUUACGAAUCGAUCAACGAUAUGAAGCUAUUGGAAUUGUGCAUCGAUGAGACGUUACGUAUGUAUCCGCCGGUUUUCAAUUUGAUACGGGAGUGCACCAAAGAAUGGAAAAUGCCGGGUACGAACAUUAAGAUAGAAAAGGGAGUCGGUGUUGUUGUACCAAUAUUUGCACUGCAAAGAGAUCCCAAAUAUUAUCCGAAUCCAGAACAAUUUCAACCGGAACGUUUUAAUGCUGAAAAUUCGACGGGUAAAACGUUUUUGAACCGGCCAUACAUGCCAUUCGGCGAGGGUCCGAGAAUAUGCAUUGGACAACGACUUGGCAAAAUGCAAACCAAAGUUGGCCUGCUGUUACUACUACAGAAUUACAAAUUUAAUUUAAGCGGAAACACGCUUCAACCGCUCAAAAUAAGUCCGGUAAAUUUCUUGUUUGCACCAGUCGGCGGUCUACAACUGAAAGUGACGAAGAGAUAAUUUGAUAUGCAAAAUUGUUCCCGAACUGAGCGGGAAAUUAAACGUGAAAAAUAAAGGCGAAGCAAAAUUUCUUGAAUGCCUGUUCAAUG